AUGACGACCGCCGGGCGACCGUGCAAUGUGCUGCAGUGGUUCGAGCAGGUGCCUCAGCUGCUUUCAGAACACGGCUGGUGCACCGCCGUAAGAGGCAACAGCUCGGCUCUGGCCCACUGCGAGUGCCCAUGGGGUGGAAAGCUGGUGCGGUUUUGCUUCCGCGGCAUUCCCAUGCGAAACGUCCAGGAACCUGCUCGGUCACUCGUCAGGCCCGAGACGCGAGCCGAGCACGAGCCGCAAGCCCCUCUAGGCUUCGACUUGCUGCAGCAGUUGGCCCCGGGCGAUGCAGUGCUGCAGCACCGGGCCUCUUGGAACCUCCUACAGCUCUGCAGCCUGGUUUUUGGCGAUGUGGGCAUGCCUGCCUUCGUGCCGGCGAAGACCCCGAUCACUUGCCGACAGAAGCUCUAUCGGGCCUGUCCGGGCCCGGAAGACACGACCCUCAUGUUCUCGACCAUGAGCGGUCAGGCUUCGGAUGCGCUGUUGAUUUGCCGCACGCGGGCUCCCGAAAUGGUGGAUCUGACAGCAGCCUUCAGUAUGACGUCCUCCAGGUUUGAUCAGUGGAUGUCCACCCACCUCUGCAUUUCGCUGGAAUCUGCGCGGUGUAAAGCAACAUGCUACUUCAACCGGCCCGGGCUUGCAGAGAUGCGGGCCAUUGACGCAAAGAUGUAUCGGGUGCUUGUGGUGAACAGCUGCAAAAGAGGGCCACCCCUGCUACCUCUGCCACCGGAUUCCUCCGAAGAGCCUGCAGUGAGGGUGCGGACGGACGAUGACCCGAUACUGCUGGAGUCGUGGAUCCGCAUGCCUUCCGGCAAGUUCCAUUUCGCAGCCUUCGUGAACCAGUUUACCAGAAAUUUGCGCUUGGAUCUCGAAGCCUUUGAUACGCUCGACGGCCAGCGGCUGGUGCACUACCAGUGUGUGGUGAGGUCAGACAGGUGGGCCAGCGUCCAGGAGAUGUUCAUGGCUGCCUUCAACGUGCAGCGGAGAGCCUAUCGCCGCCUCAACGGCGGGUCCAUCGCGCCGAGUGUCUGUGCAGAUGCCGAGCCACGGUUCGUGUUCGACGACAAGCUGGCUGAGCUGAGCCAGAACCUCACGCAGGAGGAAGAGACAUCAGCCCAGCACCACGUGAAGGUGCGCCGCACCUUCCUCGAGGUUGACGAAGACAGCGACAGUGACGAUGAGGCGUUUCAGAGACCCAGUCGUCGCGCAAAGACAACUCCCCGGAAUUGGCCCUCGUCGGACUCUGAUGAGUCUGAUGAGGCGUCAGAAGCUCAAUGA